GCACCCCUUAACCAUACUUAGCUCUGGAAUGCAUGUAGCUUGCUAGCUAGCUAGCCAUUCUCCUGCUACAAAGUUGUCACAGUCUUUCAUCUCCUUCCUUCUGUCAUCCAUGGACAUGGAGGAGGGCCUUCCUCCUGGUUUUCGCUUCCAUCCCUCCGACGAGGAGCUCAUCAACUACUACCUGACUCACAAGAUCUCUAAUUUCGGCUUUGUCACGAAAGCCAUCGUUGAUGUCGAUCUCAACAAGUGCGAGCCUUGGGACCUCCCAGGGAAGGCAAGUAUGGGGGAGAAAGAGUGGUAUUUCUUUAGCUUGAAAGAUCGAAAAUACCCUACUGGGAUGCGAACAAAUCGAGCCACACACGCAGGCUACUGGAAGACCACAGGUAAAGACAAGGAGAUCUUCCACUAUGGUUCUUUGGUUGGAAUGAAGAAAACCCUAGUUUUCUACAAGGGUAGGGCGCCCAAGGGUGAGAAGACCAGCUGGGUCAUGCAUGAGUACAGGCAACAAACAAAGUUCCCUUACAAACCCUCAAAGGAAGAAUGGGUCGUGUGUAGGGUUUUCAAGAAGAGCAACAACUUUAAUAUGAAGAAGCACCACGCAAAUUCCCCUUCCAUGCCAAUGUUGCUCCACUCUCCAGGCAACACCACUUCGCUUAGCGAGCUUGGUGAGAUUGACGCAUCCAUCUUGAACAAUCUUACCAAUUCCUCAGGGCCAUUCAAUCCAUUAUUAGUUCAAGCAAAUGAUGUCAGUUCUAAUGCAAAUGGCAAUGCCUGCAAUAAUAAUGAUGGAAAUAAGAUAGAUUUGAACCUUUACAUGAACUGGUUGUAUGGCCGAUCUGAAAAUGCAGGUCAGACCUUUCUUCCAUGGACAUCAAGCUUGUUAAGCUCAAACUCCGUGGCGAAUCCGGCUAUGCUAAAGGCAUUGCAGCUCAGCAAUUACCAAUUACCAAUGGAGGCAGUAAAUACGGGAUGUAGCAUGAACUCCUUUGUUGGGCAAGGUGACCCAAUAUUCUUUGCAACUCAUGAGUCCAAACAUGGCGAUCCUAUGCAACAGCAGCAAGUGGAUCAGUCCAUGUGGAAAGGCUAUUAAUUGAUUCAAUUCCUUAAAAGUAGUAGCAUUAUUAAUCUUUUUACUUAAUAGUCCGUGUUCCUGAAUGUGUUGUUUACAUCUAGGAAGCAAUUUUAUGUGCAUGAUUAUCAGUUCAAAUAUCUAUGGAAUACUGAACUGUUAAAGGAUUUCUUUAA